AUAAAUAAAAAAAGCAAACGAGCAAGAAGGGAGAGAACAGACGGGGAAAAGGAGGAGUAUAGCCAGAAAGAUUGGCCCUGGGAUAUUUGCAAAUCCUAGGGUGUCACUGAAAGGUGGGGAGUAAGAGAAAGCCAGAGCGACAGAAAAGCGGAGCUACUCCCAGCAACAACAAGAGCAGCUGUCAGGAACUGGAUAUAUACAUACACGCGUACGUACAUGCACACACAGGGAGAAUUCAAGCUGAAGCUAAUGGGAGGGAGGAAGGGUUUCGGCUGUGCAAAGGGCUCUGCAAUUCAGGGAUGAAACUAAAAACUGAAAGAAGCGGCUGCGCUCCUGGGAAUGUGUCAUCUUGGAAGGGAGGGAGGCAGGAAGGAAGGAAGAAAAGGGGGAAGAUAACUGGCAUGUGGAAGAAGAUGAGAGACUAACUCACUGCUGUGCAGAAGGGAAAUCCAACUUGUAGAUCUGAAAUACACCAGGCUCAGCUUGGAAAUAAGAUCAGACCUGCAUUGAAAUAAAGAAAGGGAGGAAAAGGGAGGCAGAGACUGGAGAGCUUUUAUCCUUCUUUCUCUCUAUCUUUCCCUCCCUCUCUCCUCAAAGAAGAAAUAGAAGUUUAUCUGCCUCGGUGCUGCUGGAUCUGUAUAGCUGCUGGACAAAAGAUGGAGAGGAAGCUGAAAUGAAAAGCAAAGGGUGCUUGUGAAUUUUACAGCUAAGAGGACAAAUCACACCUCCCCGGUCUUCUUUUGUGCCCCAUUGGGGGAGUUUUAACAUCAGAAAGAUUUUGAGAAGUGUGGGGGGCAAAGGGGAGAGUGGGCGUUAAAAACACCCGUCCCAAGUGUUUAAAAAAUAACAAGGGGAUGGAUUUAUUCUUGACAGCUGGUGGGAACCUUGAAUUUUUUUGUACUCCCUCCCUCCUUCAUUCCAUUUAAUGUGAGAUUAUGAAAAUGCAGAGGAGUUGGAGGGAAGGCAAAAGGAUAUAACGUGGAGUUUGAAGAGAGGAGAGGGUGCUGAUGCUGUGGAUUGCUGGCUUCUUGCUGAAAUCAAAAAUCCAAUUGCGCACUGGGUUGUGAUUGGAAACCUAAUCAGAUCUUUGGAGAGGGGGGAGAGAGUCUAAAAGUUUAUUGUUUUGACAGACACAAAUAAAAAUUUAAAUGCAAAAGGAGAUUAUUUUCUAAAGGAGUGUGGGGGAUAGAGAAAAAGAAGAAUGGGAAUCCCCGUUCUAAUGUGGAGACACACGGAUUGGAUAAUUGAUAGUGCAGCAAAGAAGGGGGAAGAAGAAAAUUGCCUGGCAAGACCUGGAUCUUAACAGUCACAACAAAAUUAUAUUAAAAUGAUACAGAUGGAGGGUUGCUUAAAAAGAAAUACAGCCCAUUCUGCUCUCCAGAGAAAAAACAAAUAGUGAGCAAUGGAGAGCAGUGGAGCCAGAGAGGCAGAAAACCUCAGAAAAAGGAAACUAGGCAAAGGAUCCACAGUGGAAUGAAAAGUUUCAGAAAGGAGAAGGACCGUUCACUCUCUGCAAGGAUUUUUGGGUUUUUUUCCUGUUAUUUUAAACCAUUCUUCUCCAGUGAAGGUGAACAUCAAUGCUACCACCACGGCAAUUUUAAGCAGAAAAGUUGAAAGCCUCCGAGAAAAUAAAGGACAGAGAAGAAGAAAGCAAAAUUGCCAGAGGGGGAGAGUUCAACAGUGCUGGGUUGGAUUGGCACCAGUAUGGACUGAAAUUGCUGGGAAAUUGCAAUUGGAUACCAUUUGUUGUUACUUCCUUUCUUGUUUUUAAUUUUGGCUUGGUUGCUGAAAUGAAAUAGUUUUCUAACCCCUCCCCCACCCUGGUUUUUCAUAACCACUCGGAUUUCCAGCUGGAUAGUCUUUGAGGAUACAGGUGGAUGCUGUGGGGGGGUCCAGGCAGCUCUGUGGAACAGUCUCCAAUGGGCUAGUAGGAUGAGAAGUUCCAGGGGUAGUUUGGGAAGCGAGGAGAAGCAUCACCUCCCAAGACGGUAAACCUACUGAAAAGGCUAUUCAAACUCCAGAAGGACCAACACCAAAUAAAUUAUGAAUGUUGAACAAGAUGACCUUACAUCCACAGCAGAUAAUGAUAGGUCCUAGGUUUAACAGGGCCCUAUUUGACCCCCUGCUUGUGGUGCUGUUGGCUCUUCAGCUUCUUGUGGUGGCUGGUUUAGUGAGGGCUCAAACUUGCCCUUCUGUCUGCUCCUGCAGCAAUCAGUUUAGUAAAGUGAUUUGUGUACGGAAAAAUCUGAGAGACGUGCCAGACGGCAUCUCCACCAACACCCGGUUGCUCAAUCUCCAUGAGAACCAGAUCCAAAUCAUUAAAGUUAAUAGCUUCAAGCAUCUGAGGCACCUAGAAAUCCUGCAGCUCAGCAGGAAUCACAUCAGAACAAUUGAAAUAGGGGCUUUCAAUGGUCUGGCCAAUCUCAACACUUUGGAACUCUUUGAUAAUCGUCUGACCACUAUCCCAAAUGGGGCUUUUGUAUACCUUUCAAAACUGAAGGAACUGUGGUUGAGAAAUAACCCCAUUGAGAGCAUCCCUUCUUAUGCUUUUAACAGAAUCCCUUCUCUCCGGAGGCUGGAUUUGGGGGAAUUGAAAAGGCUUUCAUAUAUCUCAGAAGGUGCCUUUGAAGGUCUGUCCAACUUGAGGUAUUUGAACCUUGCCAUGUGCAAUCUUCGAGAGAUUCCUAACCUCACUCCACUUGUAAAACUGGAUGAGUUAGAUCUUUCUGGGAAUCACCUGACUGCCAUCAGGCCAGGUUCUUUCCAAGGGUUAAUGCAUCUUCAGAAAUUGUGGAUGAUACAGUCCCAGAUUCAAGUGAUAGAAAGGAAUGCUUUCGAUAACCUUCAGUCACUUGUAGAGAUCAAUCUGGCACACAACAAUCUAACACUACUGCCUCAUGACCUGUUCACACCACUCCGCCUAGAAAGGAUCCACUUGCAUCACAAUCCUUGGAACUGCAACUGUGAUAUCCUUUGGCUCAGCUGGUGGAUUAAAGACAAGGCACCCUCCAAUACUGCAUGCUGUGCCCGUUGCCACACACCUCCCAGUUUAAAAGGAAGGUACAUUGGGGAGCUGGACCUGAAUUACUUCACGUGUUAUGCUCCAGUCAUAGUGGAGCCACCAGCAGACCUCAACGUCACAGAAGGCAUGGCUGCAGAGAUGAAAUGCCGGGCAUCGACCUCCCUGACCUCUGUGUCUUGGAUUACUCCAAACGGAUCUGUUAUGACGCAUGGGGCAUACAGAGUUCGGAUUGCUGUGCUCAGUGACGGCACAUUAAAUUUUACAAAGGUAACUGUGCAAGACACGGGUUUGUAUACAUGCAUGGUGAGUAACUCUGUCGGGAAUACCACAGCUUCUGCCACACUGAAUGUGACUGCCCUGGAUAACCCUGGUUACACGUACUUUUCAACCGUCACAGUAGAGACUGUGGAACCUCCUCAGGAUGAGGCACAGACCACAGAGCAAGUUGGGCCCACACCAGUUACCAACUGGGAGACCACUAACAUGACAACCUCACUCACUCCACAGAGCACAAGAUCUACAGAAAAAAUGUUCACCAUUCCUGUGACGGACGCAAACAACGGGAUCCCAGGAAUAGAUGAGGUUAUGAAGACUACCAAAAUCAUAAUUGGUUGUUUUGUGGCUAUCACUCUCAUGGCUGCUGUGAUGCUGGUAAUUUUCUACAAAAUGAGGAAACAGCAUCACCGACAGAACCAUCAUGCUCCUACACGAACUGUAGAGAUCAUUAAUGUGGAUGAUGAGCUUACAGGUGAUACACCCAUAGAGAGUCACUUGCCCAUGCCAGCAAUAGAGCAUGAGCACCUAAAUCACUAUAACUCUUAUAAGUCUCCUUUCAACCACACAACAACAGUUAACACAAUAAAUUCAAUACACAGUUCAGUGCAUGAACCGUUAUUGAUCCGAAUGAACUCAAAAGACAAUGUACAAGAGACUCAAAUCUAAAACAUUUAUGACAUUAUGGGGUGGGGGUGGGGACAAAAAAAGAUGGUUUAUAAAACAAAUGACACAAAUGACUGGGCUAAAUCUACUGUUUCAAAAAAGUGUCUUUACAAAGAAAAAGAAAUUUAUUUAUUAAAAAUUCUAUUGUGAUCUAAAGCAGACAAAAUUAUGUGUAUUCCUCAGAACCUGUUUUUGCUGCACUUCUUUACCCUCCUCAUUCCCUUUUUCCUCCCCAACCUACCCUGAUUCCCAUUUGCCAUAUUUUUCAUAGGAGAACUUAAUUCCCUAAAAGAACUGGUCUAGGAAAUUUUGUAAGAAUUCUGUUACACUUUGGGAAUUUAUAUGGUGAAUUCUAGUGGUGAGAUUCGGUCUAUUUUGUCACUUUUUCUCUUUUUUUUUUUUUUUUUUUUUUUUUAAUAGAGAAUGGAAUAAUAACCGCAACUUUACAAGAGAGAAAAACAAUCAAGCAAAACUUUUUCUUUCCAUGUAAUGAUUUGCUCUGUAUUUACCAAAAGGACCGUUCUGUGAAAAAAAUUGAAGAAAAAAACAGUAAAAAAGAAAAACAAAAACACAAAACCCAAGAAAUUAAUUUACUUGUGAAAACCUAUAAACCCCAUGAUCUUUUAAACAAUUCUAGAACCAGAAUUUGUAGUUCAAACACUAAACUAAGAUUAUAAAUAAAAUAUUGGUUUUUUCUGUACUUGGAUAUAGCUCAUUUU